AUGCGUUUCUCUACCCACGGCUCCGCGGCCGUGGCCAUGGCGGCCCUCGCCAGCGCCACUGCCCCGGUCUCUGAGCGCCAUCUUCUUGACCUCGACCUUCCUAAGGACCUGAGCCAGCCCAUCUCUGCCAACGUUGAUUUGGGUGUGGACUUGAGCGGUACCACUCUCGUCGCCGGUGUCGUUGCCGGUGUGGCCGUUCCCCCUCUAGUUGGUGUUGGUGCCGAUGUUGAGGUUGCCGUUGUUUGUGACACUUGUUACACCAAGGGUAACAUCAAUGCCAGCAUCUCCCUGGACAAGGUUGUCCCCGCUCUCAGCCUAUCCCUUAAGGACAUCGAGGCCAAGCUUGACCUCGACAUCAGCAUCGGUGCUGCUGCCACCAUCGCUGUGAACCUGUUCACUCCUCCCGCCCCUAUCUCUCUCCCUCUCCCUGGUCUUAAGGUUGAUGCUCUCAUCUCCCUUGACCUUAUCAUUGGUGUUGAGACCGCCAUCGACCUAUCCGCUGGUAUUGACCUGAAGCUUGUGGAGGAUGCUACGAUCGAGACCGACAUCUUCGCCGGAAAGAUCCUGGAUGCUGCUUUCUCUGGAUUGUCCGUCCAGGUCCUACCCAUUGAGGUCCGAAUCGGCUGCACCAAGCUGUUGGCUGAUCUCCGUCUUCGUGUUGAACUUGGUGUUGCUGCCGAGGUCGACAUUGACGACAUCAUCCCCAUCCUUGACCUUCCUGAGAUCGGUGCUGGUCUCGAGGUUGCCGUCUUCGCCAACUUGCUUGAGUACGUCGGUUUCUUCUGCGCUACUCCUUCGUGCCCUCUCUCCAAGGAAUCGUAUGGCUUGAACAUUGGUGCCGCUGUCGAGCUUGAUGUGGCUGUUGAGAAUCUCCUUUCCAUCCAUCUUGCUCCUACCAUCUCCACCGCUCUCCUCAGCUACCCUACGACCACCAUCUGCGAGCACCCUUCGUACACUCUGUCGGUCCCGACUCUUUCCGCUACCACGGCUUCCGCUUCUGUCACUGGUACUGCUUCUGCUUCUGCUUCCGAGUCUGGAUCUAACUCUGGCUCCGUCACUGCCACUGGCUCUGGUUCCGCUUCCGAGUCUGCCUCUGCUACCGGAUCUGGUUCCGCUAGCGGCUCUGGCUCUGCUACUGCCUCUGGCCCUGGAUCUGCUAGCGCCACUGGUUCCGGAUCUGCCACUGCUUCUGGUUCUGAGUCUGCUACCGCUACUGCCCCUGGUUAUCCCAUUGGCACUGGCUCUGGCGUCACUUCUGCUACCUCUGCCACGGCUCCUAUCUCAGCUCCUAUCCCUACCGGUGGCUCUAUUACCUCAACCGUCACCAACGUCCAGACUUUCACCAUCACCCAGUGCGCUGCUUCCGUGCCUAACUGCCCUGCUGGUUACGCUACCACUGCUACUCUCAUCCACACUACCGUCUACACGACCGUGUGCCCUGCUACCCAGACUGGUGCUAUCACUGCUCCCCCGCCAAAGCCCACUCACAGCAAGCCUGCCACUCCUGUGACUUUGACCAAGACCAUCGUGACUCUUGUCCCUUGCUCUGAGGCCUCGACUUUCACUCCCCCCACCAACAUUCCUACUGCUCCUUACCCCACCGGUGGCAAGGCCGUUCCCAGCACCACCCCCGCUGGCAGCCCUUCCGCUAGCUACCCUGCCGGAACUCCUUCCGUCUCGAAGCCCGCUGGCACUCCCUCUGUUACCGGCCCUACUGGUCCUUCUCAGACCGGUCCCGCUGGCACUCCUUCUGCCAGCUACCCUGCCAGCUCCGUUACCGUCCCCGGUGGCAAGCCUCCUGGAACUUACCCUCCCGGUGGUAACUCCAACACUCUACCUGUUGGUACCCCCAGCAGUGUCCCCGGUGGCCCUGCCUACCCUACCGGUGGCUCGCCUUCUGGUCCCGCUACCCCGACUGUUGUGCCUCCUUACCCUACUGGCCCCAUCGGUGGCGGCUCCAACAGCACUAUCCCCGUUGCUCCUACGUCUCCCCAGACUUUGAGCACCUAUGUGCCCAGCGCCAGCCCCGUCAACCCGGGUCCUUCUGGUUACCCCACCAUUCCGGGUGAGACUCCCAUCCCCACUGCCGGUGCCGCCAAGGUUGGCAGCGGUAUUGCUCUCGCCGUCGCCGGUGCUUUCUUCGCCCUCCUAUAA